AUGGAGGUUUCACGGCGGGCACCGUGGCUUUAUAAUUUUCGCUCUUCGGAGACUUUCAUUGUGAUUGUGGUGUCUAUUGCUAUUUUUACUGAUGUCUUUAUCUAUGGAAUGAUUGUGCCAAUUGUUCCAAUUGCAUUGGUCAAACGUGCUGGGGCUCGAGAGGAAGAAGCUCAAUCCUGGGUCUCGAUAUUGUUGGCUGUCUACGGUGCCACCCUCCUCGUGGGAUCGCCAUUAUUCGGAUAUUUUGCGGACCACUGUCGUCUACGAAGACUUCCAUUUAUCGUUGGCCUGAUUGCAUUGGGGGCUUCAACGGGUCUCUUCGUCAUUGCUCGAUCUUUACCUGUGCUCAUCAUUGCGAGAGGGCUUCAGGGCUUCUCCGGUGCCGCGGUGUGGGUUGUCGGCCUCGCUAUUAUCGCUGACAAUGUACCCCCAGAUCGGGUUGCGGAGGCCAUGGGCCAUACCUCAAUUGCGUUGACAUGGGGUGCUCUCCUAGGACCAACUAUUGGAGGCGUGAUGUAUGAGAAGCUGGGCUUUUAUGGGACCUUUGCUAUUCCUGGUGGAUUGAUUAUCGUGGAUGUGGUGCUGCGAUUUGCGAUGAUCGAGGAAUCAGCAGUGAUCCAACCUGUCAAGGCAGGAAUGGAAUCGGCAGUUGAUGGUCCUCUGUACGGCACCUUUGGCCGUCAAGAGGAUGAGUAUUCGGGAUAUUUCUCAUCUGGUGAAGAGACGGCCAGCGAGCAAAGUCAUCUUAUCAGAGCUUCGAAUCCUUGUUUUGAGCUCCCUCGCUUAACCUAUGAAAAACAAGCUACGGUGUUGGACCUCCUCCGGACCCCGCGUCUGCCCCUUGCGUUGAUUGCGACAGUUGUGAUGGCCAUUAUAUUCGCGGCUUUGGAAACGACCCUACCAUUAUUCGUCAUGGACACGUUCAAAUGGUCAUCCAGCGGCGCCGGCUUAAUCUUCGCAACCACCGCCAUCCCAAGCUUCGCAGGAGUCUACGUCGGCAAAUUGAUUAGUCGCUUUGGCGCCCGUAUCCCAGGAACUAUCGCAUUCGUAAUCGCAACCAUCUCAUGGAUCGCGAUGCGAUUUGUGAACAGCAACACAGCCACCGAUGUCACUCUUCUGGUCGCCCUUUUUGCUUCUUCAGGGAGUGUCGAUUGUGUUUGUGGAAAUCACCGCUAUGACAGAGGUCUCGCAAGUAGUCGGAGACUACGAGAUUGA